UUAACUAUGAAAACAAGAAAAUUGAAAUCAAAGAAUCGUUUUUGGGAUUUUUUGUACUUGAUAAACAUAAUGCUGUUGACUAUGCAAACCUUUUACGUCAAACAUUAUUGACAUUUGGUCUUAGUAUUAAUAAGUGUUUCGGGCAAGGGUAUGAUGGUGCUGCAGUUAUGAGCGGACAGCACUCAGGUGUUCAAACUUUAAUUCGAUCUGAUUUUCCCAAUGCUGUAUAUGUACAUUGUUGUGCUCAUAACCUCAAUUUAGUGAUCUCAGAUGCGGCAAAAAGCUCUAGGAAAGAAGUUGAAUCAAAAAUACAAAAGAAAACCUUAAAGAGAGUUUGCCCAACACGAUGGGAAGCACGCCACGACUCUGUAUUUGCAUUAAAGGAACGUUAUUUGGACAUAAUCAAAGCACUUACUCAUAUUCUACUUACGUCUCAUAAAUCUGAUGAAACAAAUUUAGAUGGUUCCUUGAAAAAGAAGCUCGAAUCAGCUGAGUUUGUAUUAAUUUUAUGUUUUUGGGAACGAAUAUUACGAUCAUUAAAUGUAGUGUCUAAAACUCUCCAGUUAAUGAAUUUCAACAUAGAAUUUGCUGUUGUUCAACUUAAUAGUGCCAUUGAAGAUUUAACUAAUUUACGAGCUAAUUAUAAUAAUUUAGUCGAAGUUGCCAAAAAUCUUUGUGUUUCAUGGAAAAUACCUUUCAACUUCAAUUGA